GAUAAAUAAAAGUAAUAUAUAAAUAUGAUGAUAAAUAUGUACGGAGUGGUACGGAGACAAGAGACAAGACGCCGAAAAAGUAUUGUUCUCCUGCCCCAUCAUUUCUAAUAUAGGUAGUAGUACGUGAGUAGUACUCCAAACAUGGACAACGAAUCAGACGAUACUGGUAGUAUUUCUGUUGGAGAAGAGGUUCCCUAUCUUUCGAAAGUAAAUCGUUCUGGUUCCGAAGCUCCUAGUUACUCUAAAUUUGUUGAAAAUCAAAAGACAGCCUUAGUAUACGUCUGCAAGUUUUGCAGUUACAAAGUUCCGACGAUAUCCUUACUAAAAAAGCAUUAUUUAUGUUGCAGGGAAAAACCUGCUCAUACAUUUAUGUGUUAUGUAUGCCACCAGGUGUACAAAAAUAAAAGAAAACUUUCCGAACACAUAAACAAAGAACACAAAUCGAAACAGUUGUGCUGCAACAACUGUUUAUUCGAAACACCAUUUCAAAAGGAAUUCAAAGCACAUUUCGUUAACGACCAAUGUCCAGAAAAGAGAGUGUAUUCCUGUAGCGAGUGUACACACUGUACAGCGUCACUGGACAAUAUACUAAACCAUAUGACAACUCACUUGCUAGAUAAAACACAUCUCUACAGCCCACAGGUGUGUGUGCAUUGUAAUACUGGAUUUUUGUCACCGAAACUACAAAGGCACUUGCUUCAUCAUGACACAGUGGUUAAGAAGUACUGCUGCGAAUACUGUAAAUUUAUUACUGAAGAUUUAGAAGAUCUGAAGAAACAUAGGAAAGAGGAGCAUUGCACGGAAAAAAUUGAUAUGGUCAAAUGCAGUUGUUGUAAUCAAAAGUUUUUUAGUAUGCACUGGCUUAAAGAUCAUAUAGCUAAGGAACAUAGAACUCCAUUUAAAGUUAAUAUUUCAAUAAACAGUCCAACAUCAAAAAAUGAACAGACCUUACUAACAUGCAAGCUUUGCUCUUACUCAACACAAUCAGCACUAAGCUUGAACAGACACUCAUACACUAUUCAUCGAGUAAAUCUUUAUAAAUCUGAAAAACUUGAUACUGGACCCACUCAAUACCAUUGUUGUGAGUGCAAGAUGAAAACGAGUACUUUUAGUCAAAUGAUAACGCAUUUCGACCGCCACUAUACUGAAGAAGGCGGUUCUGUGAAGUAUGAGGCGAUUGAAAGGCUGGACUUUACGAAAAAUCCGCAUUACAUAUGCGACGUAUGCGAUUUGGUGAUCAUGGAUCAGUGUCAGUUAGCCUAUCAUAAGCUAGCAAAACACGGGAUUAACAACGAGCUGUUCAAAUGCAAAUUAUCUUGUACGUCGUGUGAUUAUAAUUUCCUUACUAAGAAAAUAUGUUUCGAGCAUGGUAAAGAGCACGUCAAGGAAAACAAUUUGUCUAGAGUGUGUUUUCUUCAGUCCUAUGAUGAAAAGGAAACAGGUUCUUUUACCAUUGACUACUGCAGUCAAAUAGUCACGGUUGAAAUUAAGAUAAUUCAAACUGGACAAACGCUGAAAGAAGAUGUUGAAAGAAUAACCUUCAAUGGAAAAUUGGAAGUUCUAAGCUUCUUACAAGACGAGUACAUCGAAGACAUAAAAAGAGCCUCAAACCUGGGCGAUAUGCUCAAAUGGAACAUUCCAGAAGAUGUAGACCUGGAUCCCAGCAGAACAACGUAUACCCCUAAAACCAGAAGCAAACGAAGUCUAAAACAACCUGUUACUAGUGAAUCCUCCCCAUCUUCAGUUAGCAAGACCAAAACACCAGCCAAAAAACGUAAAAGAGUUGGUGUUAACCUCACUAAAUCUGUGAAGAAUCAAAAACGCCCUCAAGAAGAUACCACUGACAUGGAUUCUUCUUUUGAAUCAGUUAGCCAAGAAACUGCCGAAAAGAUGAAAAUAGAAGAUCUUACCCCCACGAAAGUUACGAAGAGUCAUAAAGAAGACACAAUUAACUCGUAUUCUUCUUCAGAACCAGUUGGCAAGAAAACUGUUAAGGAAGAACCCGAAUCAAACCAAGAAGAUUUUGAUUUAGAGCAAGGACUCUUUCAGUACGAAGCAAUAGAGGAUGAUCAUGAAGAUUUACUAGAGACACAAACAGAUGUCAUUGAGUCCAAGGAAGGAUUCGUCGAAUGUCAAUUAUGUCGGAGGGUCCUGCCCCAAACGAUGAAGUCCCUGAAGCCCCACACCAACCGGCACUCCGUGGCGUUGAAAAAUCGACUGUUAGAAGUUUUUUACGGCAAAUACACGGAAAAUGGGUUCAUGCCUCAGUGCAGGGUGAGGGCCGUUUUCGAACCUUUAAAAACAGGCAAUUCCAAAGUGAAAGCGUCCUAUUUCCUGUGCAACUUGUGCGGUGCGAAGGUGCACAGGAGGGUGUACCUAAAAAAACACGUCAAUAAGCACGCGAGAGAGCGAAACGGUGCGCGAAGGGUGUCGUUUGUAAAAUACCUGCACGAAAACCCAGUAGAAUAUGUGGAAAUGGAAUCGGAGCUGUUCCAGUACGAAGAAUGUGAGCGGGACGAAGUUAAAGCCAAUGAAGUUCAGGAAGGAUAUCGGGUGGAAGAGGCUCACGCAACUAUGAAUACUCUCAAGUGUAUAUUCUGCGAUUUCGCUUGUUCUGAUAGGGACAUUCUGAAAGAACAUUAUAACGAACAUAAGAUCUAACAAAUAGGAGGUGUACAAGGGCUUUAAUGUAUAGGUUUAGAGUUGAAAUGGAUUUGUUAUUAUUUGGGGAAUUGUUUACUUCCCUAGUAAAAAUAUAAGAUAUUAUACUUAUAAUAUAUAGACUCCAAAAGAUACAAUUCA